AUGUAUCAAGAAUUUCCUAAUAAUUAUCUUGCUGUUUCAAAAAUCUGCAAUCUUCGAACUUCUCUUCUGAUUUCCGUUAACUCCCACGAUUUUUUAUCAGGUGUGUUUUAUGUUUGUUUUUUUGCCUAGCAACCAACCAAUUUUUAUAUAAAAUUUAACAUUUUCAGAGCUAAGUUCAAGGUUUCGAGCUAAAAUGACAAAUGUGCUGGCAAAAAUAAAAUUUUCCAAAUCCUCUUAUUAUCCCGGUGAAAAAGUGGAGGGAUUUGUGGAAUUUAAUUUCGAUAAGGAUGAAAAUUUGAAGGUGAGUUUUUGGCGGGAAAUCAAAUUGAAUUGCCACGUGGCACUUACAGUAUUCCUAGAAUUUCAGGUGAAUUCAAUUGAAGUAACUAUGAAUGGUGAAGCUCACGCACAUUGGCAAGAAGGGUAGGUCAAAAAAUAUUUUUUAAAAUAUUAAAAAUGUUUUUUUUAAAUAUUUUCAGGUUGCUAAAUCACUCUGCCAUCAUCAACUACACAAAACAUUUCAUCAAAGUUCUCGCGGAUUCGAAAAAUUCUGGAAAAAUUGUGGCGAAUUUUGAUUUUUGCUUCAAACUACCCGAUCGAGUUCCGCCAAGUUUUGAGGGGGAAUUUUGUGAUAUUCGAUAUUUUAUUCAUGUGAAAAUUGAGGGGGGAUAUGGAGAUCUUGCGACUUUGGAGAAGAGUUUUACUGGUGAGCAAAGGGCUUUAAAAAUUGGGCCUAAAUUAGGCCUGGAAGCCUGAAUCGUUUAAGCCUGGAACUAAGCUUAGUAAGGCUUAAUUUUGAGCUUGAUCUUCAGCAUGAGAUUUUAAUUAAACUUUAUUAAGAGCCCAAGCCUAAGCUUUAUUAACCUAAAUUUUGAAAACCUAAGCUUAAGGCCUAAAUUUUGAGCAUAAAAUUAAGCUUUAGCCUUUAGGCUUUAUUUUUGCAGUUCUUCCAAUCUCCAACCCCCAACCCAACAACCUCAAAAACCCAAUAAUCCACAUGAAAACCAGCCUAAAACAACCGGACUCUGGAAUUUUCGGAUGGUUUCAAAACGACAUUCUCGAAUUGAGCGGCUACAUCGUAAAGCGUGAAUAUUUGUCCGGCGAAUACGUAGCACUCAAACUUGUGCUCAAAAAUUAUUCCAGCCAAUUCCCGAUAGAAUCGCUGAAAAUCGACAUGAUUCAGAGAAUUCGAGCGAUCGCCAAGAAAAAUGUGGAAUUCUUUUAUUAUACAGGAGAAUCUGAUAAUAAUCAAAUUAUUGAGAAAAUCUCGGAAAACAUUCUGAAAUGCCACGUGGAAUCUGAAAUCAGUUUGAGUCCGCGCACUGAAACCAACUUGAGAAUCGAUAUGAAAGUUCCGAAUUCAGUAGCACCGACGAUAACUCAAGAGAUGUGCACAAUUAUUCAAGUUGAAUAUUUUUUGCGAGUUACUGUGGAUGUUUCCAAUGUUUUUGGGGAGGAAAUUGGCGCGAGAACAAUCCACGUGGAUGCACCAAUGGUGAUUGGUGGGAUUGAAAUUGAAAAAGAGGUGGAUGGUGAAGAGCCACCGAGUUAUGAGCAAAUUUUGAAUCAAAAUAUGGAGAAGUUGGAAUAA